AUGGAUUCAGAUAAGUUUUUAUGUGCUUUAUUUGGUAUUCCAUGUUGCUUGAUGGAAAUAUAUAUUUCAAAGACAAAGUAUUCAUCAUCAACAUCAUCAAAAACUUCAUCAAAAGAUCGUCGAACAUUUAUUUUUAUUUGGUUAUUUAUAAUAUGUUCACUAUUAUUUUCCAUACGUUGUGCUCGUUUAGGUUAUGGAUCAAAAAUAAUUGAUAAUAAAUCUUUUAUAUAUUAUUUAUGGAUUUUAUUUAAUAUUAGUUUAUAUCUAAUGGGUAUUUUAUUACGAAAACAAUCAAUAGAACAAUUAGGCAAAUGGUUUACGACUGUUAUUCGAAUAGAUGAAAAUCAACAAAUAAUUGACUUUGGAUGGUAUGAAAAAAUGCGACAUCCAUCAUAUGCAGUUUUUUUUUAUCGAAUUCAUAUUGAAGAACAAGAAUUAAAAAAACAUUUUGGCAUAAAAUAUGAAGAAUAUAGACAAAAAGUACCAUAUAUUAUUAUUCCAAAAGUAUUUUAA